CAAGGGCACAUGCACGGGAGCAUCGCAAAGAUGACACUCGAAAAGACCAUCUACCAAGGACCUUACAUCCACAGCAAAUCGCAAACGGAGUUGGAGUAUGUAGAAAAAGCCCAAAUCGGCGUAAACGAGGACGGAAAGAUCGCUUUCGUCAACCAAGAUCUCACAAGCACACUACCCGAAGGCUGGAGAAAUGCCAAAAUCAUAAAAGUUCCCGAGCCAGGUUUCUUCUUCCCGGGAUUCAUCGACACUCACAUCCACGCACCACAAUACCCAAACGCCGGGAUUUUUGGCAAGACUACGCUCCUGGACUGGCUCAAGAAAUACACGUUCCCUCUAGAGGAUUCAUUCUCCGAUGUCAAGAAAGCGCAAAGGAUCUACAAUCAAAUUGUCUCGCGGACGCUAUCACAUGGCACCACGACGGCUUGCUACUAUGCUACGAUACACGUUCCAGCCACCAAUCUUCUGGCCGACAUCUGCUUCAAGCGUGGACAGAAAGCUUUCGUAGGACGUGUUUGUAUGGACCAGAGUGUAGACUUGGAGAAUCCAGAUUUCUACCGAGAUGCUUCAGCUGAGGCGAGCGUGGAAAGCACGAAGCAAUGCAUUGAGCAUGUGAAGAGCAUUGAUCCGAAUUAUGAGCUGAUCUCUCCAAUCAUUACGCCACGCUUCGCUCCGAGCUGUUCAAGGGAGUCGAUGCAGGCUUUGGGAAAGCUUCACAAGGAAACCGGGAUUCCUGUCCAAACACAUAUCGAUGAGAACAAACCCGAGAUUGAUCUGGUGAAGGAGAUGUUCCCUGAUGCGUCUCAUUAUGCUGGGGUAUAUGACUCUGCAGGCCUGCUCACGUCUAAGACCAUACUGGCGCAUUGUGUCUGGCUCAACCCCGAGGAACGUCGGCUUAUCAAAGAGCGGGACGCCAAGGUCAGUCACUGUCCUGCGUCAAAUACUGCCUUGAAGUCUGGGUGCGCACCCAUUCGACAGCUACUGAACGAGGGAUUGACUAUUGGUCUGGGUACCGACGUUUCUGGUGGCUACACGCCUAGCAUUCUAACGCAGUGUCGAGAAGCACUUUUCGUGUCACGCUUUCGUGCGAUGAAUGAUGGAGACGAAGCCGCACUGAGCGUCGAGGAGACCUUGUACCUGGCGACUCGUGGUGGAGCCAAAGUGGUUGGUCUUGAAGAUCGGAUUGGUGGUUUCGAAGUUGGCAAGGACUGGGACGCACAAUUCAUUCAUCUACCGACUGUGAAGGAGGACGACAAUUUCGAUCAGAUCACAGGGCCAGCGGAACUAUUCGGGCAUGAGGAUUGGAAUGACAAGAUCGAGAAAUGGGUAUGCACCGGGGAUGAUCGCAACACGCACGCAGUGUGGGUCAAAGGAAGGCUGGUGCAUGUGAAGAGUGGCGUCAAGCUCUGA